AUGUAUGAAGACUUAUGCAGUGUGCCACCCGAAUGUAAUUUGCUCCACACCAUUGCUGCUGGUGGGCAAGCGAUUCUCUGUACCAUAUAUCAACCGUCCGCUGCGAUAUUGCGCUGUUUCAAUAAGCUGUUAUUGAUAGGCGAAACAGGACAACAGCUGUACUUCGGAGAUAUAGGCAGUCUAGCUUGCGACGUCGUCCAGUACUUUGAACACUUUGGUGUUUCAGCGGUCGUCGAACAUGAAAACCCGGCUGACUGGCUGAUGAAAGUCACACAGAAGCCGCCGAUCCCGUCAUCAAAAUCAUGGGCGGAUAUGUGGCAGGAGUCGCUUGAGCACCAGUUGCUCUCGCAAACGCUUUCAGAAAUUAUCUCCAAGCCAACGACAACUUCCAAUGUAUCCCGGGCCCAUGAUAGAGAGUUUAGCAGGGGAUUGCACACUCAGUAUAUAAUGCUUCUGUCCCGAACACUGCAAGAGUGUUGGCGCUCUCCACAUUAUAUUUGGUCCAAGCUCCUUCUAGGUAGUGGAAUCGCCCUGUCUGUCGGAAUCUCGCUAUGGAUGAGCCAACCGACAAUGCAGGGAAUCCAAAGCCAGCUGUUCUCCAUCUUCCUUAUUCUCACCAUUGCAAACAGUGGAAUGAAGCAGAUUAUAUCUUCUUUUCUCGCUCGACGGGAACUUUUCGAGGCUCAUGAGCGUCCCUCAAGAAUGUACUCGUGGCAAGCUUUCAUAUUGGCAAGCAUCACUGCCGAGAUACCCUCACAGUCGGUGACUGCGGUGGUUGUAUUUCUAUUAUGGUACUUUCCGACGGGAAUAUUUCAUUACCGAGGUUUCGUUUCCAGCAAAGAACGAGGGUGUCUCCUGUUUCUUCUGAUCUGGGUAUACUUCCUCUUCGUGUCGACAUUUGCGCAUAUGGUAUCUGCAGGUAUCGCAACAGUGCAAGUUGCGACCAGUCUGGCCGUAGUGUUGUACCAGCUUAUGUUGCUCUUCUGUGGUGUACUGGCCAGCCCUGCUAUACUUCCACGAUUCUGGAUCUUUAUGUAUCAUGUAUCACCGCUGAAAUACAUGCUGAGCAGCCUUAUGUCUGCGGGGAUCGCUGGAGUCCCUGUCACAUGUCUCGAAAACGAGACAAUCCAUCUCAAGCCGCCCUACAAUAUCAGCUGCUCAGUGUAUCUCAGGGAGUAUUUGAAUACGCAUUCAGGAUACCUCCUCGAUGCUGAGGCAACGGAUACUUGCCACUACUGUCCUUGGAAUUCAACAAAUCAAUACCUGGCAUCACUUGGAAUCCAUUUUCAAGACAGGUGGCAAAAUUUGGGCAUUCUAACCCUAUUUCUACUUGCUAACGCGAUACUUUCGUUGGUGUUAUAUUGGAUGCUGAGGGUGUGGAGGAGAGAUCCAUGAAAGAGUCAUCGACCGGGCAUGGCCCGACAUUCCAACUUGAGCUUGUUUCUGUCUCCUCUGACGGUCCAUGAUGGGCCCGACUGUGAUCUAUGCAUUCUCCGGUGUUGUCAAGUAUGAACGCCGAAAAUGGGAAGAAUAAUGCUCAAUGAUGUAAUCGAGGUUAUCGAGGAAAUAAGAGUUUUUGGGGCCAUGGAGUUGUU